AUGGGCUCAGGAAACCCCGAAGCGAGUACCGGGUACAUAGACGAAGAUCUCAAGGUUGAACUUCAAAUAACCCAGGCAAAUCUGAAUGCGUGUGUUUUUUUAGGUCAUGCUGAAGUGCUGGCCCGAUUCAAGGCCACUAUAGAAGCACAAGAACACGUCAGAUGGCUUUCGGUGGAGCAGGUGACCAAAGGAAAUCCUUUAGAUGGAGAGAAAGUGAUUCGCGGAUCUACGACUCUCACCAAACCCAUCCAUGUGCGGAUACCUACUCCUUCGGGCCCCUUAAAUUCUCUCCCCAUCCCUAUGCCAGCCACCAAUUCGCCUUCUAGCGUAGGUGAAGCUCCCAAAAGAGCCUCAGGGCUCAAGAGACCAUCCGGGGAUCUCCAAAACAGCGGGAAUUCUCGGGGCUCAGACCAUAAAAGUGCUAAACGUCAAAAGCGGGAAGACUGA